CAUAAGCUUUUCCCCUCGAUUUUUUUGGGUUACUAAGCGUGUUUAGAAAAUGGCUAUUUUUGCCUUCAUUUCUUUUUUCUUCUUCUUUUAUUGACUGAUCUCGGCGAUGACCACCAAGAAGGCCUUCUUACCAACCAAAAUAGGCCGCUAUCAAUUGCAGCACCGCAUUGUCCUUGCACCUUUAACUCGCUUUAGAGCCACACUCGAGGCAGUCCCUACUCAACUUUUAAUUGAUUAUUACACACAAAGAGCAACUCCUGGAGGCUUAUUAGUAUCAGAAGCCACAUUUAUUAGUAGACAUGCAGGUGGCUAUCGUCAAGCUCCUGGUAUCUACACUCGGGAUCAAAUUGAACAAUGGAAAAAAGUGACAGAGUCAGUUCACAAGAAAAGCGGUGUCAUCUUUUUGCAGCUAUGGCAUUUAGGUCGCGCUGGAUCUUCCAGUCUGAAUUCGAACAGAGAGCAGAUCGUGUCUGCCUCAGCCAUUCCUAUACCUGGUAAAAGGCCAAACGGUAAGCCAUAUGAGACACCUCGUGCUUUGGAAACGCAUGAAGUAAAGGAAUUGGUCAAGACUUAUCGUCAAGCUGCUAUCAACGCUAUUGAAGCCGGGUUUGAUGGUGUAGAAAUACAUUCUGCUAAUGGGUAUCUUUUGGAUCAGUUUAUUAAUUCAUCCACAAACAAAAGAACAGAUGAAUAUGGUGGCAAUGUUCAAAACAGAACACGCUUAUCGCUCGAGAUUGCAGAUGCAAUUGUAGACGCCAUUGGAGCUGAUCGUACGGCUAUUCGUUUCUCGCCUAAUGGUUCAUUCCAAGGUAUGAAAGACGACACACCAGUAGAGACUUGGGGAUACUUGACUUCUCAGCUUCAAAACAAUUACCCUGACUUAGCCUAUCUUCAUUUUAUUGAGAGUCGUUCAAACUUUAACAGUGACUCCAACAUGAAUACUGUGGACACAUUAGAUUCUUACAGAAACAUUUGGAAAGGUCCCUUUAUUAGUGCAGGCGGUUAUAGUAACACAGUUGAACAUGCUCUCGAAAUUGCUGAAAAGACGGAUAAUUUGAUUGCUUUUGGACGUGCUUUUAUUGCUAAUCCUGAUCUUCCAAACAGAAUCAAGCAUCAAUAUGCAUUCAACAAGUAUGAUAGAAAGACGUUUUAUACACACGACGCUAUCGGAUAUACUGAUUAUCCUUCGUAUCAUGAAAGCCAUAGUCGACUUUAGACAUAUUAUACAAUAAACAUUAGAUUAAAUCUGGA